GAUCCUGCAUCGCCUCUGUGAUUACCGGCUCGAUGCAGAUGAUGUCUUUGAUCUUCUCAAGGGUCUGGAUGCAGACAGUCUCCGAGUUGAACCUCUGGGUGAAGACAAUUCAGGUGCACUCUAUUGGUACUUCUAUGGGACACGAAUGUACAAAGAAGACCCAGUACAAGGAAGGUCUAAUGGAGAACUCUCCUUUAGCAGGGAAAGUGAAAGGCAAAAAAAUGUCUCAAAUGUUCCUGGAAAAACAGGCAAAAGAAGAGGAAGGCCUCCAAAACGAAAAAAGCUACAGGAGGAGAUUAUAUCCAGUGAAAAGCAAGAAGAAAACUCUUUGUCAUCUGACCUACAGACAAGAAAUGGAUCCCGAGGGCCAGGCCAAGGUACUUGGUGGCUCCUGUGUCAAACAGAAGAAGAAUGGAGACAGGUCACUGAGAGCUUCCGAGAGAGGACCUCUCUCCGAGAGCGGCAACUCUACAAGCUCCUCAGCGAGGACUUCCUACCUGAAAUCUGCAACAUGAUUGCCCAGAAGGGAAAACGUCCACAGCGCACAAAGCCAGAGUUGCAACAUAGGUUUAUGUCUGACCACCUGUCCAUCAAAUCCAUCAAACUAGAGGAAACUCCCAUGCUCACCAAGAUAGAAAAACAGAAACGCAAGGAGGAAGAGGAGGAACGACAGCUCCUUCUUGCAGUGCAGAAGAAGGAGCAAGAGCAGAUGUUAAAGGAGGAGAGAAAGCGGGAACUGGAAGAAAAGGUCAAGGCAGUGGAAGAUCGAGCUAAGAGGAGAAAGCUCAGGGAAGAACGAGCAUGGCUAUUGGCUCAAGGCAAGGAACUACCUCCAGAACUUUCCCAUUUGGACUUGAAUUCUCCUAUGAGGGAAGGAAAGAAGACCAAGGACCUUUUUGAAUUGGAUGACGAUUUCACAGCCAUGUAUAAAGUUCUAGAUGUGGUGAAGGCUCACAAGGAUUCCUGGCCCUUCUUGGAACCUGUGGAUGAAUCUUAUGCCCCCAACUAUUACCAGAUUAUUAAGAUCCCCAUGGAUAUUUCAAGCAUGGAGAAGAAAUUAAAUGGAGGUUUAUAUUGUACCAAGGAGGAAUUUGUAAAUGACAUGAAGACCAUGUUCAGAAAUUGCCGAAAAUACAAUGGGGACAGUAGCGAGUAUACCAAAAUGUCUGACAAUUUAGAGCGGUGUUUCCAUCGGGCCAUGACAAAACAUUUUCCUGGUGAAGAUGGAGACACAGAUGAAGAAUUUUGGAUCAGAGAGGAUGAAAAACGGGAAAAAAGGAAGAGUCGGGCUAGUCGAAGUAGUGGAAGCCAUGUUUGGACGCGCUCCAAAGACACUGAAGGGUCCAGCAGGAAACAGCCACCAGUGGAGAAUGGAGGAAAGUGUUUGCCCUCUGCACGUCGAGCUGCCUCCUCAGGGGAUGAUCAGAGUAGCAGCUCCAUACAGCUUCCUCCAGAGGUGGGCACAUCAAAUGGCCAAGGCUUUUCCCGCCCCCUGCACUGUGGUAGGGUGCCUAGCCAGGCACCCCCUUUAAACCAGAUGAGGCCAGCAGCAUCAGGAACAUUCGGCUCUCUUCAAGGAUCAGAUCCCACCAACUUACAUGGCUCCUCUCGAAUCCCAGAGGCCCCCCUGGGAGAACCCUUGCAGCACCCACCCUUUGCUAUACAGGCUCCAGUUGGAAUUAGUAACCAUCGGGGACCCCGACUCAGUGCUCCAGAAGAGAAGAUGUGUGGGGGGCUAACACACCUUUCCAAUAUGGGGUCACAUGUCCCAUCCUUGCAGCUUGGGCAGAUGAAUUGUCCCAGUCAAGAUGGAAACAUGUAUCCACCAGCUCCAUUCCAGGCAGGAUUUAUUCCUUCUAGGCAUGGUGGGACUCCAGCCCGGCCCACAGACUUUCCUGAGAGCUCAGAAAUUCCUCCUGGUCACAUUUAUCAUUCAUACAAGUAUCUGAAUCGAGUACACCCUGCUGUUUGGAAUGGGAACCAUGGUACUACAAACCCUGGACGUUUGGGGCCAGAUGAGAAGCCAGGACCCUCUCACCACCCUCAUACCCUUGGUCAUGUGAUAGAUGGCCGAGUGAUUAGACAACCUAUCCCACCAAACCAGUGGACUAAACAGUCAAGCUUUCUACCUCAUGGAGUUCCUUCCUCGGGGUAUAUGCAGCCACCCUGUAAGUCUGCUGGACAUCGCUUGCAGCAACCUCCAACUUCAGCACCAAGUCCUCGGUUCAGAGGACCCUCUCAGGCCCUCCGCGGGGCACAAGGAGGGGAAUCCAUGAUGGACAGCCCUGAAAUGAUUGCCAUGCAGCAGCUCUCCUCCCGAGUCUGUCCCCCGGGUGUGCCUUACCACCCCCGCCAGCCCACUCCUCCCCAGCUACCUGGUCCCUUUCCGCAGGUAGCUCAUUCAGCAUCAGUAUGUGUGUCAGCACCAAAGCCUGCAUUGGACAACCCUGGGAGUACACAGGAGAUCAGUGAAACACAAGAGCCUGAGGAGGACCGAGCUGAGCCUUUGCCUGGACUUGAAGAGAAAGCAGCAAGCAUUUGUUCUUCAGAGGGGGUAUAUCUCAAACAGCUACCUCACCAAGCACCUCCCGUGCAAGCCACCUGUACCAGGCAAAGCUCACCACAUGAAAGGGAAACAGAGGACACCCAACUCAAAAGUGAUGCUUCAGACUCUGCAGACACUUAUAAAGCAUCAAAGAACAAGAAUACCUGGCCUUUGGACAGUAGCUACAACAGCCCAGCUGUGCAAGGCUGUUUGAGAGACGUUUCCAUAGUGGCAGAGAGAGGGAAUCUACCUGAAAAUGGGGUUGUUGGUGAAGCAUCUCCCUGUAGAUCAGAGGGGAAGGGCCUUGGUGGUAGUAGUUCAGAAAAGCCACUCUGCCACAGGGGUAAAACAUUGCAAGAAACUGUUCCAUGUACAGGACCGAAUGCAACUACACCUCCUUGCACAGAUCCCAAUUUGAUGGCAGGCACUGUGAACCAGUUUUCUCCCUUAUACAUGCCUGGCAUAGAAUACGCUAACUCAGCUACACAUUACCCUAUGAAUCCAAGUUUGCAAGGCUUGGGCUCUGUGAUGGGAGGAAAGUCCACCGGAUCACAGCCUCAGUCCUUUUCUCCCAGGGGUUUCCAGGCUAACGGUCCCCACUCUGGACUCUUUCCCCGGUACCGCCCCCAGCAGGGAAUGAGAUAUUCCUACCAGCCUUCUUCUCAGCCUUCCUACCACCCAUAUCAGCGGACUCCUUAUUAUACAUGUCCACAGGGCUUUUCUGACUGGCAGAGAUCUCUCCCUUCCCAGAGAAGCCCAAGUGGACCCCCUGGGAAUCACUCUUCACACCCUCUCUUCCCAGAUAAGAAUGCCUUGUCUAGUCUGCAAGGUUGUGAGACACUAAAUGCUGCCUUAACUUCUCCAACUCAAAUGGAUGCAGUGGCUGCUAAAGUUGUUCCACCUGAUGGACACAGUUCUGGUCCAGAAGAAGAAAAGAUAGAUGAAUCUGUGGAGAGGCCCGAGAGUCCCAAAGAAUUUCUAGAUCUGGACAACCAUAAUGCAGCUACCAAGCGGCAGAGCUCACUGUCAACCAGUGACUAUCUUUAUGGAACUCCACCACCACCUCUAAGUUCAGGAAUGACUUUUGGUUCAUCUGCUUUCCCACCCCACAGUGUGAUGCUGCAGACAGGGUCUCCAUACACUCCUCAGCGAUCAGCCAGUCAUUUUCAGCCCAGGGCCUACCCAUCCCCUGUGCCUGCCCAUCCACCCCCCCAUCCAGUGGCCACCCAGCCCAAUGGCCUCUCUCCAGAGGGUCCCCUCUACUGCUGUCCGGAAGAGGGCUUAGGUCACUUUCAGGCUGCAAUGAUGGAACAGACUGGCACUGGAAGCGGAAUAAGAGGCUCAUUUCAAGAAGUGCACAGACCGCCAGGAUUGCAAAUGCAUCCAAUCCAGUCACAGUCUUUAUUCCCAAAGACCCCGGCACCUGCAGCAUCACCAGAACAGUUGCCACCACAUAAGACCCCAACACUUCCUCUGGAUCAGAGCUAGUCCAGGGAGAAACAGAAGCCCCAAGGAAAUGGACGGCUGCAUGUGAAGACAGAGGCAGGCCUGGACAAUUUGGAGGAAUGACUAUUAUAUGUCUCUGUUCUGUCAUCCUGCUCCGCCUCUUCGUUGUGAAUCAAGCCAUCCUCAGAGCUGAACUGCAUAGGCCUUAGGUGCACGCUCUUUAGAUGACUGACAGGCCUGUAGCUGGGAUCACCUGCACAGCUGACAAACUUACUAACAAGAGCAAGUGUACCUGGAGUUCUUGCUGGCUUCUCCAAAUCCCAAGACUCUUGUUCAGGGAAAAUCACUUUUAACUUGGGUGGAGGGUACAUGUAAGGCUGGAGUGGUGCUUUUAAACUUUCAUGAGCAGCUAAUUCUCAGGUAUAUAUUUGGAGAAGGGACUACAUGUAGUAUUAAUGUUUUUGGAGCUGGGUCCAGUUUACAAAAGUUUCAUGUUGCCUUUUUUUAUUAAUAUUUUUAAUUUUUUUGUGGUGAAUGUAUUGUAUAUAGAGUGGAGCAGUCAGGUGGGCACACGGAGGAGCUGUGAGGCCUUCCCACUGUGGCCAGCACACUGUACAGCACACUGUACUGGAGUAGUCUCUCUCUUUGUACAGUCAGGUCACACCGAAUGCUUGUGGAGCUGGGAAAAGAGACCCAGGAGAUUGCAGCUUCUGUGUCACUGACUUGUUUCCUGGUAGCCUCCUUUCCAUCUAGCCUCAGAGACUAUGUGUCCUCCUCAGCAUUCAGUUCUCAGUUGGUUGGGUGGUGCUGUCAUGUGAUUUACUGGGUGUUGGAGCCAGAGUAGAGGCUGCUUUCACUCUGGUGGCCUAAGUUCUGGACUUGGGAAAGAAUGUCCCUUCCUGCUUUUACCACCAGCUCUACCAGAUAGUUCUAAGCCAGGAAUUUGGGCUCUCUAGAGUGUUGUACUUACUAGAAUAUAAAGUGGCUUCUUCAUGGGCCUGUCAGGCCUGUGAUCUAGAAGGCAUCAUACAACGCUUUCUAGCACAAAUCACGUUUUGUGAAAGUGACUACUCAGGUUUGUUAUGUAUGUUAGUCUCAAUAAAGAAAUUGCACAGGUUUGAAUAAGGAAAGUAUAUCCUAUAGAUUUAAAUUUGAAAUUAGGACUAUUUCAGUAUGUGUAGUUUUUAUCCAGUUUAAGUGAAUAAUAGUAGACUCAGUCAUGUUGAUUUAAAGUAGCUGUCAAGGGCUAGUUCUUGGGAAUUAUUUACCGUGUCUGUGAUAGGAAACAAUUUUACAGUAUUAAAUUACGUUACUAUGGAUUUAGAAGUGAAUUACACUGGAUUCUCCCUGUUUAGACUUCUGUAUUUUAUUUUAGCUGAGAUAUUACCAAAGUUAGGAUCUAUGUUUAAAUUUUUGAAUAUCCCACACAGAAUAAACCAAGGGAAAUGCCCUGGAGUUGCAA